UCAUGGAAGCCCUCCACAGGGACCCAUCCCAGCGUCAACCUCCCUCUCGCCUUCAAAAUCUACAUCAGCAAAGCCUUGACGAUCACCAAUUUCUACAUCGCACGCGAAAAAGGCCAGAGGCUCCACGCCAUCACCGGCCAGGCUCAACGCUUGACGAAGUCCGGCGAGACCAUCCUGCAUCAAGGCCCCGACGCCGAUUCUCCCACCUUCGGUAAUGCGACCAUCGAUGACAAGGAGAUCAAGGUCAACCUCCCCUCUGGUACA